UGAAGUGACAAGGCUGUAAAUUUCCCCCUGUUCUGCCCAGGUCCUACCUUUUCAACUUCUUAUACGGGCCUACUAGGAACUGCAGCUGGUCCUGGACGCUAUCCUUUCUCUUUUUAUUUAUUUCGUCGAAUUCUCCUUCUUUAAUCUUUUCACUGCUUAAUAGAGAUGGUUCAGCCUCUCAAUGGGAAACCAUUGCCCAACUUUGAAAUAGGCGACGACUACGAAAUAACGCACACAAUUGGGGCAGGAGCAUACGGGCAGGUUGUCGCAGCGGUACACACACCCUCCGGUCGUAGAGUUGCCAUCAAGAAGAUCAUGCCUUUCGACCAUGUUGUCUGUGCCCUUCGAACAUUGCGCGAACUCAUGUUCUUGAAAUAUUUCACCCAGUCGUCGUGCAAUGGAAAUAUCAUCACUAUCCUAAAUAUCAUCAAACCCAAAUCGAUAGAAUCAUUCGACAAUGUCUACUUUAUUCAAGAACUUAUGCAGACCGAUCUACACCGCGUCAUUCGUACUCAAUGUCUGACCGAUGAUCAUUGCAAGUAUUUCAUCUACCAGAUACUUCGAGCUCUCAAAACAAUACACGGAGCUAACAUCGUUCACCGUGAUAUCAAACCUGCCAACCUUCUGGUCAAUGACAAUUGCGAUCUUAAAGUGUGCGAUUUCGGGUUCGCGAGGAGUAUGAGCACUUGUGAAACGUUCGGGAAAGGCUCAAGUCGUGAUGGGCCUGGAGUCAUGACCGAAUACGUUGCAACUAGAUGGUAUCGUGCUCCAGAAAACAUGCUAUCCAAUAAGACUUAUACGAAGGCAAUCGAUAUAUGGGCUGUAGGAUGUAUCCUUGCUGAACUGCUGUCAGGGCGUCCUUUGUUUCCUGGCCGAGAUUAUGUCCACCAGGUUGAUCUCGUCCUCGACAUUCUUGGGUCACCCUCUGCGGAAGACUUUUCUACGAUUACUUCUCGUCGCGCAAGAGAAUAUGUGCGCAGUUUGCCUUUCAGAAGACGCAAAGAUUUUCGGGUUCUGUUUCCUCAUGCUUCUGAGGAUGCUACUGAUUUCUUGAGCAAAACUCUGACCUUCCAUCCUAAAGAGCGUAUGACUGUGGAGGAGGCGCUUGAGCAUCCCUACGUCGCGCCUUAUCAUUAUCCUGAGGACGAGCCUUGUGGUUCACCUCUCGCGGCGGAAAACUUUGAGUUCGAUUUGCAAAAAGAGCAACUCUCCAAGGCAGAACUCAAAGAACUCUUGUACGAAGAGAUAUCGUCGUUCCAUUCUGAUUUCUCUACCUCCGCUGUUACUUCCACUGCAUGAAAAAUUAACGUCU